AUGAACUUGAUCGAUGGUCCACGGUGGGUGAUGUCGUCUAGGAGGAGGAGGGCAGAGAGAGAGCGAGAGAGACUUCACGACCUACUCAGGGUCUGGUACGGUGGGUGCCUGCACGUGGUCGGGGGCUCUGCACCAGGAGAGAAGACCGGGAAAGGGCCAAUUGAUAACCCCAACGUUGGACAGAGACCAAUUGAUAAAGAACGAGUCUGGCGACUCGAUAACGAUAGCAAACACGCCUGGGUUCGGCUCACGACUCGCAGAGAUUUCUACCCUCAUCUGUCCGUGUCGCACCGGUGUUACGAAGCACAUUUAAGACAGAUGUUGUGCUGGCACGCAAGUUACGUGGCUAGCGAGCGAGCAAGCAGUAGGAGGAAGGAGGCUGGAACGAUGCUCUCUUGCGCGCACCGAUCUGGAGAUAUCAAGACUCUGCUUUAG